GAGAGACUGAAGGGGCUAUCUACAGCGGGAAUGGCGUCACACUAUCCACUGGUGUGGUCGAGCCUUCGCAGCACCCUCAUGUGCCUCCGCUCCCAUAUGCCCGACCUGCGCUUCAACUUCCCAGGCUACACAAUAUACCCCGCGUUUUCUGUGAAUGUCGGGCCACGCACGCUGUGUGUGGACCAUCUCGAUAGUCUUAACUAUCCAGGUAUCCCCUGGACGGUGACGGCCCUCGGAAACUUCCUCCCUGACUUCGGAGGUCACAUGUACCUCCCACAGCUCUCCCUCUACAUACGAUUUCCCCCAGGUUGUACGAUUUACCUUUCUUCAGCCGCCCUCCGGCACGGGAACACCCAGACCCUCGAGGACGGCCGGGAGCGCUAUUCAGUGACUCAGUACGUCUCAGGUGGUGUGGUGUGUUACGUGCAGGCCAACUUCCAGAAGGUUGGUCCGAUGUCGGACAAGGAGAGGUAUUUCAUGGACGGUAACCCUGCAGAUCGCUGGUUGGAGCAGAUUGGUCGCUUCUCCACGCCUGAGACCCUGUUUGCUGACCGUUUGAAGCUGCUGCGCAAGCACCCUCGUUCCGUUAUCACCCAGGCUGUAUAG